UUAUCUUUUAAACUUUCUAGAUUAUUUCAGCUGUACAGUAUUGUCACCAGAAACGAAUAAUACACAGGGAUUUAAAAUUUCCAUAUUAUAUCAUUAACUCCAGAUGUCAUCAUCAAUGUACAGUGCAAUGAAAUGUUGAAAGUUAAGAAAUGGAAGUAGGUACAUACCAUUAUCCCAAGAUCGACAACAUGUCCCGCGCAGUACUCUAUUGUUAUUAUAGGGCUGAAAACCUGCUUCUUGAUGCAGAAAUGAAUAUAAAAAUAGCAGACUUUGGCUUUAGUAAUGAGUUUUCUCCAGGUCAGAAGCUUGACACAUUUUGUGGCAGUCCUCCAUAUGCUGCUCCUGAAUUGUUUCAAGGAAAAAAGUAUGAUGGCCCAGAAGUAGAUGUGUGGAGCCUUGGAGUAAUCCUCUACACACUUGUCAGUGGCUCACUUCCUUUUGAUGGUGCUAAUUUGAAGGAGCUUCGAGAAAGGGUGUUGCGUGGGAAAUACAGGAUACCUUUCUACAUGACCACAGACUGUGAAAACUUAUUAAAAAAAUUCUUAGUUUUAAACCCAACAAAAAGAGCAUACUUAGAAAAUGUAAUGAAAGAUAAGUGGAUGAACAUAGGCUUUGAGGAUGAGGAACUGAAACCAUAUGUUGAGCCUAUAUUUGAUAUGCAAGAUGAUAGAAGAAUAGAGAUUCUUCACAACCUUGGUUACACGAAAGAUGAGCUAGAAGAUUCACUUAGAAAUAGGAAGUAUGAUGACAUAAUGGCCAACUAUUUAUUGCUAGGGAAAAGGCUAACUGAGAAUGAAAUUUGUGGUUCACAGUCGGGAUCCAAUCUGUCACUUCGAGUACUGCAGCCCUUGGUAGAGAGCUCCAUAAAUGACUAUACAUCACAAGCAAAAGUUCAAAGAAGUGUAUCUACAACAGCAAAGCCUCAUCACAGUAGUCAUGUGGAUACUGGAGUGACAGGCGUAAAUACAUCUACUUCCAACUCUUCGAGAACAACAGCUAGAUCUUCUAGAGGUCAUAUCUCUGUCAGGAAGCCCUCUACAAUCACCUCAGGGAAAAAUCUUCAUAGUGGAAUUCCAUGGCGCACCACUUGUGAUAAUAAAACUAUCAACAAUGGAAAAAAUGUUGACCUAGAACUUGGAGUUGAAAGCACUACUACUAAAGGUGAAGAGUUGCCUACUCCAAGGCCAAAAGGUCAUACAAAAUCUACAUCUGUAUCAUAUACUUGCCCUGUUGAUACGUCAGUAAGAGAUCCACUUCAAACUAGUGGGGUAGGAGAAAAACCAGAAGCUGUUUUGCCAGUCUCUUCAGUUAACAGCUCAUUUCCUAGAGGCACUACUAUACGUAACACUUUUCACAGUGGACAAACACAAGAAAAGUGGUACAAUACUGCUUACAAUGGCCCAGGAACAGUGUCCGUCCAGACUCAGGAUUCCUCUUACAACAGUCCUGGUGGGAGAUCUCUCUUCAACAAAAUUUCUUUAAAGUUUAACAAGAGAGCCAUCAAUGAAGACCAAGCGAAACCACGUUCUUUAAGGUUCACUUGGAGCAUGAAGACCACUUCCUCUCGUGAUCCAAAUGAAAUAAUUCAGGAAAUACGCAAAGUUCUAGAAAAGAAUAAUUGUGACUAUGAACAGAGAGAGAAAUAUCUUUUACUGUGUGUACAUGGUAAUCCUAAUUCAGAUUUUCUUGUUCAAUGGGAGAUUGAAGUGUGCAAGUUGCCUCGGCUAUCUCUAAAUGGAGUUCGAUUCAAGUGGAUUUCAGGUACAUCUAUUGGAUUUAAAAACAUUGCUUCGAAAAUAGCUAAUGACUUAAAAAUUUGAAAACUGGUCCUUAAAAUAAAUGGUUGUUGUGUUACUAAAAUAUAUGGUAGGCAUCUCCUUCCAUAAAAGGAUAGUGAUGAAUUAUUGAUCAAUUAUUAUUUAUGUUAAUAAAUUGUCUUCAAGAUUAUUAGGGUAUAGUUAAUGAUGAAAGAUUUAGCUUAGGAACAUAAGGAUGUGUUUGUAUGUAUACUACAUGUUUGUGUGCAUAUGUAUUAUAAAACUAUACAUAGUCUUCAUUAUUGAAUUUUUUGUACCACAUAAUAAUUGUGUUCAAAAACUGUAGUUGUUAAAAAAUAUUUCGUGGAAGAUUUUAGAGUAUAGUCAAACAAAUUUGCUUUUCCACACUUGAUGGUAAUGUUUUUAUUUCAUUAUUCAUUAUAUCUGAGCAAAGGUAAGGAAGACAUAAUUUGACUUUUGUAAAGAAGAGAUAAUAUUGGUAUUUUCAUUGAAUAUAAAAACAGCAUAUUAGAGGAUUUGUUAGGGCAUCCCUUUAAAAAUGAAUUCCCUCCAU